AUGCCACCACCUCCAGGACGCGGCUAUGGAUACGGACCUCCUCGCCCGGGACCGGGCUACGGGCCGCCGCCCCCUCGUCAAGGACCCGCCGUGAAUGUGGGCAUCAACAUUGGCGGACCACCGCGACCUCCCCCGAUGGCUGUGGGCGUCGGCUUCGCCCCACCACCUGUUGUGAUAGCUCCCCCACCGCCUCCUGCUGUGGUCAUUGGCGCACCGCCGCCGCCGGCCGUUGUGAUCGGAGCUCCGCCGCCACCGCGACCCACUGUGGUGGUGGGCGCACAGGCUCCAAUGGCCACAGUUUAUGCCCAACCGACCGGAGAGGUGCUCUGUUGCACGAUUCUUUGAUUUUGGCAUUUCGGAAAUCUGUAACGCGUGUGCUCAAGUGUUAUUCCUUAUAAUAUUAUACCCAUAUCCUACAUUUA